CAGCCGCAGAUUGUGAGCCUGUCAGGCUGUUGAUUUUGUGUUGAAUUGUAUUAUGAAUUCUUAACCUUAAAAAUUUUAAUUUAAAAUAAAUUAGUCACAAUAAAUAUCAAGCCAUUGAAUAGUAAAAAUAUAAUCAAGCUUUACAAUUUUUAUUCUUUACUAUGUCAGCAGCAAAAAGAGUCCAGCAAUGGGCAACUUUUGCUAGAACUUGGCACAUUUUCGACUGCAAGUGGCAAGAUCCGUACCAGUCCGCUGAAGUUAUAAAAAAAUAUUUAAUGGGAUUGCAUAAACCAAUUUAUCAUCCCAUGAACGAUUGUGGAGAUGUAGUAGUAUGUGUAAAUAGUAGAGAUAUAGCUCUUCGUGGCAACGAUUGGCGCCAACGGGCAUAUUUCCAUCACACUGGGUAUCCGGGCGGUGCAACUUGGACCUUAGCUUGGGAAGUUCACAACAAGGAUCCAACUAUGAUAAUUAAAAAAGCUGUAUACAAAGCAAUGAGAGGCAACCUACAAAGACGUCAUACUAUGCAAAGGUUAUUUAUUUACCCUGGGGAAGAAAUACCCGAAGAUAUAAUGCAAAAUGUUACUAAUCAAAUUCGUCAGCUUCGUUUAGUUCCAACAAGACUCGAUCAUAUUCCCGAGGAGGAAGUCAGGAAAUUCCCCAAGGUCAUGGAUUAUCCGCAAGACUAUGUGCUUAAAUAAAUUAAAAAAUUAAUGUAAAUAUAAUUAGUUUAUAAAUAAAAAUAAAGUAGAUAUUGAAAUGGCA